AACUAUCUUUAAAUCUGCUGCCAGCAAUGUCAACCUAUUCCAAAUAUGUCUGUAAUGUCAGGAGGUAUGAGUUGUUAGGAGUAUUGUUUUUAAAUAAAUUUAAACGGAUGUUCUAAAUUUACCAAUUUUAAUUUAAAAUGUAAACGUGUGUUUUAGAAAAUUUUGAUUUUUUUUUCGUAAAAACUUGCUUAGUAUGUUAUUCCACGUAAAUGCUUCCUUAAAGCCAUUAACUUUACUAAUAAUGAAUUAGAAUAGAACUGAGAAAUGAAAAAUGCUGAAAAGGAAGAUGAUAAUGUAGAAAAAGAAAAUGGUUGCACAAAUAAGAAAAAAGGCAGGAAAUAUGAACGUGAUAAUGGAUUUUCAGAUUGGGGCGGUUAUAAUGCUGCUAAAAGAGCAAAGCUUCUGGAUCAAUUUGAAAACUGUGAAAUCAAACAGAUUUCAAAUAUUUUUCAAGAUAUUGCAAUACAUGUAAAUGGGUUUACUAAACCUCCAAUUGAUGAGUUGAAAAAUCUUAUGGCUGCACAUGGUGGACAAUUUCAUUUGUAUCAACUUUCAACAACUACUCAUAUUAUAGCUUCAAAUCUACCAAAUGUUAAGAUUAAACAUCUCGGAACAACCCCUAUUGUCAAACCAAACUGGAUAACAGAUAGUAUAGAUUUUGGAAAGCUUUUAGAUUAUCGAAGAUAUUUGUUAUAUAGCAAUCAAAGUAAAUCUCAACCAAGAAUCGAUUUUCCUAUUUUGAAUAAAGUAUCAAAUGCCAUUUCUAUAAUAGAAGAUGUUGAAAUUCAAAAAAAUACUGUAACUGUGAAACAAGAUGAACUUAAAUCAGAAAAGGAAACUGAUAUUUCAUCUUGUAUUAAUGAUAUUAGUGGUAAUAGAUCAGUUGCUUCCUCUUCUACUGAUAAAAUAGUUUCUUGUAAAAAAUCAGAACAAACUAAGUUGGCUGCAAAAACAGCUUCAGAUCCAAAUUUUUUAGAAGAAUUUUAUAACAAUUCUAGGCUACAUCUUAUUUCAACAUUGGGUGCUGAAUUUAAACAACUUGUUGGCCAACUGAGAGAUGCUUCGGAUGGAAAAUUUCCUGGAACUGAGAAACUGCUAUUGCUCAAAGGACAAAAUAGUUCCCCUUUAAUGUCAAGAUCUGUAAUAAUGCAUAUAGAUAUGGACUGUUUUUUUGUUUCCGUUAGUAUCCGAAAUCAUCCAGAAUUAAAAGGGAAACCAGUAGCUAUUACUCAUGCUCGAAAUGGGCAAAUAACAAAUGUGAAACCUGAACAGAAAGCUAUUAGAGAACAAGAAUUUGCAUUGUAUUCUGAAAGAUUGCCUCUAGGAAUGACUUCCAGAGUAGAACAAAUCGAUACUUUUUCUAGUAUGUCUGAGAUAGCAAGCUGCAGUUAUGAAGCUAGAAAAUAUGGAAUUAAAAAUGGAACAUUUUUGGGACAGGCUAUUAAAGUGUGUCCCAAUUUAGUUACUCUGCCAUAUGAUUUUGAGGGCAUUAAAGAAGUAUCUCAUAAUUUAUAUAAAACUAUUGCUUCUUACACUCUUGAUAUAGAAGCUGUAAGUUGUGAUGAAAUGUACGUGGAUAUUACUAAAAUUUUACAAGAAACUGGUCUUUCAGUGGAGGAAUGGGCAGUGCAUAUUAGAAAAGAAAUUAUGAAUGUUACAGGAUGCCCUUGCUCUACAGGUUUUGGGGCAAAUAGACUUCAAGCGAGACUAGCAACAAAAAAGGCAAAACCUGAAGGGCAGUUCUAUUUGAAACCAGAUGCUGUAGAACAAUACAUGAUGGAUGUAGCUCUUUCCGAUUUACCUGGUGUUGGUAGGGCCACUUUGGCGAAACUACAUAAAUUAGGGCUAAACAGCUGUGGGGAUCUUCAGUUGGUAUCUUCGAAAAUUCUUCAAAAUGAAUUGGGACAGAAAGCAGGAGAAACUAUCAAACAGCAAUCCAUGGGAAUCGAUACUAGACCUCUAAAUUUUCAUCACGAACGAAAAUCAGUGUCUGCAGAAGUAAACUAUGGCAUAAGAUUCAAGACUAUAAAAGAAUGUUACAGUUUUAUACAAAAUCUAGCUGUUGAAAUUCAUAACAGAAUAAAUGAUAUCAAAAUGAGAGCCAGAUGUUUAACAUUAAAAUUAUUAGUAAGGGCACCUGAGGCUCCAGUGGAAACCGCUAAAUUUCUUGGACAUGGUAUUUGUGAUAGUUUGACGAAAAGUACGACAUCAAAUGCAAUUCUUAACAAUCCACAAGUGAUAUUUAAUGAAGCUAAGAGCCUGUAUGAAAAAUUGGGAGUAGAUUUUGCAGAUUUGAGAGGUGUUGGUCUUCAGUUGACCAAAUUAGAAAAAAAUGCUCCUAUAAAUAAGGCAUUGAGUAAUUUUUUGAAACAAGAAGUUAAUACAUUGAACCAGUUUGAUAAAAUUAAGGAUUUGGCAACAAUUUCUAAUAAAAUAAUAGAUUCGAAACAAAGUGAGAAUACUAAAGGCCUAAAUUCUAAUCUAGAUAGAAAUAUAAUGAAAACAUCAACGGGUGCAAGAAGAGGAAGGCCAAAAGGUAGUAAUAAGAGUACCAAUAAUGGGAACAGGUUAUCAAAAAACGUAAGGAACAAUACAGUUUUGCACAACUAUUUUGAUAAGAAGAAAAGUGUGGAACCUAGAAUCAAACCUACACAGAAUGUGCAUCAUAAAAUUGAUAUAAACGUAUUGAAUGAGUUGCCAGAAGGUUUAAGAGAUGAGAUAAUUAAAGAAUAUAAAUUAAAUAUAAAAGUUAAAGAUAAACCACAAACGAAGCCGGAUAUAAAAAGUAAUCAACUUGUCCAAACAGAAGAUACAGAAAAUGUUACUACUAAAAAUAAUAAAUCUGAAAAUGUGCAAACAUCCCCAUUUAGUAAUCUUACGUGGGAUCAAAUUAAACCAAUAAUAAAAAAAUGGACUGAAUCAGAAGAAAGUCCAAGUGAUACAGACAUUGAGAUGAUAGCUAUACAUUUCAAACUUUUAGCUGUCAACCGACAAAUUGAAAUUUUAAUGAGCGUUUUUAAUUUUUUAUAUAGAAUGUUUGCUUCUUUGAAUUGUAAUUGGCAUCAGGCCUAUUUUAAAAUAGUCAACACAACACAGGAAGGCAUGGUAGCAAGAUAUGGACACACACUAUUAGUGCAAAGACAAUUUCCUUGUUGUAAAAUGUGACAGAAAUUGUACAAAAUAAUGCAAAAGCUUGGGAAAUCUUACAAUUAUCAUUAUUUUGAAGUUUGUCAAACAAACAUUAUAUUACAUAACAUUUUUAACAAUUCCACAUCA